AUGUCUGAACCUGAGUUAACGUUUAAAAAAAGUGUUACACUUUGUUUGUCAAUGGAAGCAGCGAACAAUGAUGUGUCUCAUUGGGAAAAACAAGAAUUGAAUUAUCAGCGAGGAAUGAAGUUUAAGCAAACCAGACAACCAUGGGGACAAGUGAAGUCAAGGAAAGCACACAGAUCAGAUUCAAUAUCCAAUAAUCAAAAGGAUUCUUCGAACAAUUCAAGUUAUGGCCGUCAUUUAAUAAAAGUUUGUAAAGCUAAAAGUAAAGCUGGUAAUGUUAAUAUACUAGAAGAGUCUAAUAUUUUAAAUGAUUUUGAAGAUUUGCAUAUUGAUAAAUUGUUUUCAUYAGAGACUGUUGAUGUAAAUUUUAUUAAACCAUUUAAUAUUAAGUUAGAUGUAAGUGGAAUUAUUAUUAAUUUUCAAAUUGACACCGGGUCUUCAAUUACAGCUUUGUCUUAUAGUGAUGCAUGUAGAGUGAAUCUUAAAUUGAAAGAUAUUCAAAAAAGUGAUAUAAGUUUAAAAGGUUAUACUGAAGGUGGUCCUCCUAUUGUYGGUAGAGAUUGGAUUGAGAAUUUAUCAUUACCUAUUAAAGGGGAAGUUUACUCACUUUCAUCAAAAACAGAAAUAAAUAUUUUUGAAGAUUUUCCUUCAGUGUUUGGAGAUGUACUUGGAUGUUAUAAACCUAAAGUGUUUAAAUUAUUUUUGAAAGAUGAAAACAUUAAACCUAUUUUCUGUAAGCCUCGUGUGUUACCUUUUGCAUUGAAAGAUAAAGUGAGUUUGGAAAUUGAUAGAUUAGUCAGUGAAAAGUUAUUAAUUCCAAUAGAGUCUUCAGAGUGGGCUACACCAGUUGUGCCUGUUUUAAAAAGUGAUGGUAAGAUUCGAUUAUGUGGCGAUUACAAGGUUACACUUAAUAAAUUUAUUAAAAUAGACAGAUAUCCUAUACCCAGAGUAGGAGAUUUAAUGGCAAUUUUGCAGGGUGCAUCCAAAUUUUGUGUUCUUGAUUURUGUCAGGCUUAUCAACAGCUUUCAUUAGAUGAGGAAUCACAAAAGUUAACAACUUUAUCUACACAUAAAGGACUUUUUGUAUUUAAACGUAUACCAUAUGGUAUAGCUUCAGCUCCUGGUAUCUUGCAGCGUGAAAUGGAAAAUAUUUUGAGAAAUAUUGAGGGUACAGUUGCUUUUUAUGACGAUAUUAUAAUAUCUGGUAAAUCUAAAGAAGAAGUUACUAAAAGACUUAGAGAAGUGUUAGAAAGAUUAUGUUCAGUAGGAUUAACAGUGAGGAAAGAUAAAUGUAAAUUGUUCCAGGAUAGUGUUACUUUUUUGGGUUAUAAAAUAGAUAAAGAUGGUUUACAUGUUCCUGAGGCUAGAGUUAAAGCUAUUACAUCAGUACCUAUACCUGGUAGUGUUACUCAACUAAAAGCAUUUUUAGGAUUAGUAACUUAUUAUGGUAAGUUCAAUAGAAAUAUGUCAACCAAAGCAAAUCCUUUGUAUAAGUUGCUUAAGAAAGAUAUACCUUUUGUAUGGGGUAAAGACCAAAAUAAAGCAUUCAAUGAAAUUAAAAGUGCUAUUUUGUCUAAGGAAAUAUUAAUUCACUAUAAUCCAAAAUGGCCUAUCAUUAUAGCUUGUGAUGCUAGUCCUACUGGUAUUGGGGCUGUAUUAUCCCAUAAAUUACCAGAURGUUCAGAAAAGCCUAUUGCCUUUACUUCCCGGACAUUAAAUAAUGCCGAACGUGCUUAUGCACAAAUAGAUAAAGAAGCUCUUGCUAUAGUUUAUUCAGUUAAGUAUUUUCAUCAAUAUGUAUAUGGUCGUAUUCCUGUCAUGAUAGCAAAUCGGUUACAGCGGUAUGCAAUAUUCUUAUCUGGCUAUAAUUAUGAAAUACAAUUUGUAAAAGGUAUAAAUAAUGGUAAUGCUGAUGCAUUGUCAAGACUUCCUUUAGAUAUUACUGAUCAAUUUUCAAUUGAACAAGGAUUAUUAUUUUGGGGACAUCGUUUAGUAAUACCGUCUAAAUUUCGGACUGAAUUACACAGCACUCACUUAGGUACUGUUAAAAUGAAAAGUGUCGCUCGUUCUUUUAUUUGGUGGCCUGGAAUUGAUAUAGAUAUUGAAGGUAUUACAAAAAGAUGUGAACUUUGUUUGAUUCAUAGUGAGAAUCCUCCAAAGGCAGUUCUCCAUAGUUGGCCUUGGCCUGAUGGUCCAUCUAUUAGGGUUCAUUUGGAUUUUUUAGGUCCUGUUAAUAAAAGAAUGGUUCUUGUGAUAAUAGAUGCUUUUUCAAAAUGGGUGUAUGUGAAAUUUAUGCCUAAUAUAACUACUUUUUCAACUAUUAAAAUUUUAAGAGAAUAUUUUGCUUAUUGGGGCAUUCCUGCUAAACUUGUGACUGAUAAUGGUCCAUCUUUAUGUUCUAAAGAGAUGGAAGAUUUUUUACUAAAAAAUAGAGUUUUUCAUAUUAAAACUUCAUCUUAUAAUCCUGCAUCAAAUGGCGCAGCUGAAAAUCUUGUUCGUACGUUCAAAAUUUUUAUAAAAAAAUGUAACCCUAAUUCUGACAUUGAAGUUGAUGUAUAUAGAUUUGUUAUGUCGUAUAACAGCACUAAACAGUGUUCUACAGGGGUUACUCCUGCAGAAUUACACAUUGGGCGUAUYUUGCCAACUCAGUUCGAUAGAUUAAUUCCUUUUGCUAAGAAUAAUUAUAACAAGUGUUUGGAAAAUGCUAAACAUGUUUUUAGAGGAGUUAGUGAAAAUAAACCAGUAAUUGAAAGUAUUAUUGAGGAAGGAGGAAAAGUUAGUACUGAGGUAGAGAAUACUAAGUCUGAUGUUAUUGAAGUUAAGCCAGAAGUCACACAGGUUAGGAAGAGUGAUAGGAUUAUUAAAAAACCUCAAAAGUUAAAUUUGUAA